AUGUCCCAAAAACACAUCCAUCUCCAACCGCGCAUGGUCAAGAAGCCUCCCUUCACCGUGGAGGUUCCAGGCUGUGAGCCGGUUCCAGGCGAGACCAUUCCCCGCAGAUUGCCCCAGGCCAAGGACGGCCUCAUCUUGAAGCCCUCCGAGGAUGUCUCGACGACCUAUGAGAACUUCCGCCGUUCCGCGCGCGUCUUUGGCAAUGCGAAGGCGGUCGGCAGCCGUCGCCUCAUCAAGACCCAUGUCGAGAAAAAGAAGGUGAAGAAGAUCGUCGACGGACAGGAGCAGGAGGUCGAGAAGCAGUGGACGUACUAUGAAAUGAGCGGCUACGAGUACAAGUCCUUUGUCGAGUAUGAACAGCUGGCCCUUCAACUCGGCGCGGGUCUGCGCAAGCUGGGCCUCGAAAAGGACCAGCGGAUUCACGUCUAUGGUGCUACUAGCGCCAACUGGCUGGCCAUGUCUCACGGUGCCGCCUCCCAGUCGAUGCCCAUCGUCACCGCGUAUGAUACCCUCGGCGAAGCCGGAUUGAAGCACUCGAUUGUCCAGACCUCCAGUAUCGCCAUGUUCUGCGACCCUAACCUGAUCUCCUCCGUCAAGAAUGUGCUCGGCGAUGCCAAGUCGAUCCAGUACGUGAUUUACAACUCCGAUAUGGACGUAAAGCAGGAAGACCUGGACGCUCUGAAGAAGGAUUUCGACUACCUCACUAUCCUGAGCUUUGAGGAACUCCGGAAGCUGGGUGAGGACAACCCAGUGGACCCUGUUCCUCCCAGCCCCGAGGACCUCUGUUGCAUCAUGUACACCUCCGGCUCGACGGGUCCUCCCAAGGGUGUCCCUCUCACCCAUGCCAACGUCAUUGCAGCGACUGCGGGUAUCAACGAGAUCGUGGGUCCGUACAUUGGCCCGUCCGACGCGCUUUUGACCUACCUCCCUCAGUCCCAUAUCCUGGAGUUCAUGUUCGAGAACCUCUGCUUGUUCUGGGGUGGUACCAUGGGUUACGGUAACCCCCGCACGCUGUCCGACAACUCCAUGCGUAACUGCAAGGGUGAUAUCCGCGAAUUCAAACCCACCAUUCUCGUUGGCGUGCCGGCGGUCUGGGAAACCGUGAAGAAGGGUGUGCUCAACAACCUGAACAAGGCCAACUUCUUCGUGCGAAGCCUGUUCUGGGGCGCCAUGUCUGCCAAGAACUUCUUGAUGACGACCGGCUUCCCCGGUGCUGGCGCUGGUGCCUCGGUCCUGGACGCCGUCGUCUUCCGCAAGCUGAAGGAGGCUACCGGUGGUCGUCUGCGCAUUGUCAUGAACGGCGGCGGUCCCAUCUCGAAGGAGACGCAGAAGUUCCUGUCGAUGGCUAUCGCCCCCAUGAUCAGCGGUUAUGGAUUGACCGAGACCUCCGCCAUGGGCGCCCUCAACGAUCCUCAGGCCUGGAACCCGGAUGCCCUGGGCGAUAUCCCCGCUUCGAUUGAGGUGAAGCUCGUCGACUUCCCCGACGCAGGAUACUUCACCAAGAGCAACCCGCCGCAGGGAGAGAUCUUCAUCCGCGGCGGCAGUGUGGCCAAGUCGUACUGGGAGAAUGAGGAGGAGACCAAGGCUGCGUUCACUGACGACGGCUGGUUCAUGACCGGCGAUAUCGGCGAGUUUGACAAGUACGGCCAUCUGAAGAUCAUUGACCGCAAGAAGAACCUGGUCAAAACCCUCAACGGCGAAUACAUUGCCCUGGAGAAGCUCGAGUCGGUGUACCGCUCGUCUCCGGUCGUCGGCAACAUCUGCGUGUACGCCGCGGAGGACCAGGACAAGCCGAUCGCCAUUAUUGUUCCAGUCGAAGCUGCCCUGAAGAAGAUCGCCAGCGACAACAACAUCCCCGGUGACGGCCUCGAGUCCCUGGUGCACAACGAGACCCUGAAAUCGAUUGUCCUGAAGCAGCUGCAAACUGCCGGCCGUGCUGCGGGCCUGAAGGGGGUUGAGAUCAUCAACGGCGUGGUCCUGUCUGACGAGGAGUGGACGCCUCACAACGGUUACAUGACUGCGGCGCAGAAGCUCCAGCGCAAGAAGAUCGUUAACCACUUCAAGGCUGACGUCGACCGCGCGUAUGGCAAGAAAUAA